UUAUAGCGCAAUAUUUGAUUCCAUGUGCCACGCACGUGACGGUUAACUAGCGGCACUGCUCUCCUAUUUUCCGACUACGCUCUCCAAACUUACCGUUAAGCAGGCUUUCCAGUCCCGAGAAUCGGAGCGAAGGCAAACCAUGGACUUCUCACUCCUGCAGGACGCCCUGGCCUCCAAAUCCUACACGAACAUCGCAGACAUCUGCGACGAACUCAUGCUCCAGGUUGCUGCUGAGGGCAUUGCUUUUCAAGAUGAAUGGCCCUACGCUAUUCAUCUUCUAGGGCACAUAUACGUUGACGACGUUGCUCGUUUUUUGUGGAAAUCGAUACCUUCGGCUGUCAAGGAGGGCCGAGCGGAAGUGGUUGCUGCAUGGAAGAUCGGGCAGAGGCUGUGGACGCGGGACUAUGCGGGUGUGCAUGAGGCGAUUCGAGGGUUUGAUUGGAGUCAAGAACCUCAAGGUCUUGUUGCGUCAUUCUCAGAACUCUACACUGAGAGGAUGUUUCAGCUGCUCAUGUCUGCGUAUUCUACAAUAAGCGUCCAAGACGCAGCUCUCUUUCUAGGAAUGGAGGAGGAUGAUGCCACAAACUGUAAGAAUUCUGCUUUCGCUCAUACACCUGUAGUCGCUCAUAAUGCAGCUUCUUUCUCAUCUUUUGGCGCAUGCAGAUGCGGUGCAGCAAGGAUGGAUUGUGGAGCCAUCUUCCAGAAUGCUGACCAUAAAGAAGCAGCCUAUUGUGACGGAGCAGAAAUUGGAUCCCAGCAAAUUGCAGCGCCUAACAGAGUGCGUCUUCCACUUGGAGCAUUAAAGAUGUCAGAAGAUUUUCCCAAGAAUUAGAAUUUAGAUCAUUAGAUGAAAAAGGUAAAUGCAUUGAAAAUAUAUUCUAUUUAUAUUACUAUUGUCAUUUCAUUUUUCGUUUGCGUUGGAUUGUUGGAAAAUGUGUUGGAACUUGUACUGAAUUCCUUGCAAAAUUAAUAAAGUACAUAAAGCUGAUUUUGGUGCAUCCA